AUGUGUCUCUGUCGAUCUCACUCACUCGCUGUCUCAACCAGGAAGUAGAAAGAGAGCAGAGCGGACAGCUGCUGAUUCAAACAAGGAAGUGAACGCGAGUCGAGUGCGAUUUAAAGUCUUUACUCUACGCUGCAAACUAAAAGUUGACCUGCAAGCAGACAGACAGAUGAUAGAAAAACCACAGCAUUGCUGGGAAAACGAACUCCACUGUCUUUGUAAAGAAGCCCCAGACAGACGAAAGAGUGGGCGGAGAGAAACACACUCACACUCACCUACUCCUGUGAUCCCUGGAAUUAUCAACAGCCACCAUGGACCCCAAAGAGGAACGGCAGAAGGAAGCCGUACGAGAGAUGAAAGAGGAACUUCCAGAGCUCGAUGGGUUAUGCGAUGCUUGUGAACCUGAUGAGGCCAAACCGGCCACACAUGUGUGCCAUGUCUGCACCUUUGCCUUCUGCCCUGUGCACGCUGAGAAACAUGCCAGCAGGACACACCAUCCACUAGUGCUUUAUAAUGCUGACGAGGAAAGAGACGAUGAGAGAGUUUGCAGUAAUUUUAAAGGAAAAGGUGAAUCUGUAGUUGAGGCCGGUUCAGAGAUGGCAGCUGAGGUGGCCAUUCAUCAGGACGUGGCAUCACUCGGAAUGGAUGAGCGCAACAGUGAUGAGGAGAAGGGGGAUGCUCAAAAUGAAGUGCCGCUGGCUGCCAUGCAAGGGGAUGGAGCUGUAAAAGCAGAAGCUGAGGUGGGGCAGGAGGCCAUGGCUGCUGGAGAGGCUGUGAAGAGAGACACUGUGACAGUAGAGAGACUGCGCUGCAAGGAGCAUGGUCAAGAAGGCUCCCUGUACUGUAAACCAGAUGAGAAGAUAAUCUGUGUGGUGUGCGCUGUGCAGGGCGAGCACAAGGACCAUGAAAUAAUUACCCUGCAUGAGGCAUACAUGUGGCAGAAGAACCAGGAAGGUUACGAUCUGCUUGGCUGUACACAACACAUGGCUGAGAACAUUAAGACCAAGUGGACAAACCCUGAGAUGUCCGUAGAAGAGCUUGAGGACUACGUGACUGAACAGUUCGAUGAGCUCCGCAACUUGGUGCUUCUGGAAGAGAAGAGGACCCUCCACUUGGUGGACCUCAAAGAGGCGUUCUUAACAGCAUCCGCUGCGGAGAAGAUCGCGGAAAUCACGGCUGAAACAGAACGGCUGCAGGAGGAACUGGCUAACAUCACAGACCAGUUGACGUUGCUGGAGCAAGUUGAUGCAGACGCAGGUGGUCCUGCGUUGGCACAAGUCCUCAUGGCAACAGCACCUUCCCACAGAGUUCUGCAUGACAUUGACGCCAGAGCAAGGACAAAAGCAGAAGUCCCAGCAAAGAUACUGGACAUUAUCCACAGGGAAAUUACCUGUUUACAGAAGUGGUCUAAAAGGCUCCCUGCCGAAGAAGAUGCCAACACUAGCAAUAGCAAAAAAGGCAGAUUACAGUUGUGGGAAAACACACAGGCACAGAGAUAUUGAUUUUUGCAGACAUCCACCACCAUCCGUCACAUUUGGGAGAAAAAUGAAAAGCACCGAAUUUUGACACCAUCUUGUUGUAGAGGUGUUUUUCUGCAGAAGCCACUGGUGUCCUGAGGAAACUACUUUGUCUGGUAAUGUAGAAGCAACAUCUUAAGACCUUAGCCAGGAAGUUAUAGCUAGGACAUAAAUAGACAGUGAUAUUAAGCAUACUGCCAAAACAGUAAACAACGUGGAUUAAGGCCAACAAAGUCAGUGUUUUGCAGUGGCCAUCGAUAAGCCCUAAUCCAAGCCAAAAAUUUGUGGGCCGGUCUAAAAGGGUGGGUUUGAGCCAGCCGGCCUAGAAACCUGACUCAGUUACACCAGUGCUGUCAGGAUGAAUAGUACGGAAUAACACUUUUCAGAAAGUUAUGGUAGCGUUUGAUCUAAGUCAAACUGCUUAAAGGCUACGUCAAUAAAUACUAAGGGAGUGUGUAACUUUAAGAAAGUAAUAAAAAAGUCUUCCUUUUAGGUUAUACAAAUAAUUUUGCUAAUCCUAUCCGACAUGAGCCAGGGAAUGUUUUGUUUUUUAAAUGUCAGACAGUGAUAAAAAAAAAAAGAAAAAAGAUUUUGCCUUUUUUUAUUAAUGUUUGGAAACUAAUGGUUUUAAUGAAUGACUAGGAAAACGUCAGCAUUUGAAAAGGUACUGAUGACAAUGGUAUAAUGUGGCAUAGGUUUUUAUCUCAACCCUGAAUUCAUCUCAGUCGCAGCACACUGUCUGCAAAACAUUAAAAAAAGAAUUCGGAUUAGGUUUAAGUUUUUAUCCUUCCACUGUUCACCUGCAGAUAAUUAAAGAAUUCACCGCAGACAAAGUGUCAAAUACCUGGCAUUAACCAUCCACUGCCUUGUAAUGAUGCCAAUCAAAUGCAUGUCACGUUAGUGACUCAGCAAGGCAAUUAGUGUGUGCCUGCUGGAACCGGUGGAGGUGACUUUAUGGCUGAUCCAGGUAGAGGGCUGUGGGCAGUUGUUGACAGGGUAUAUCUGUGAUUGUGAGUGUAUGCAAGCUGCCAGUGUUUGUGUGGACUGGUAUUAACUGAUGCGUCUAUACUCGGCGUCACCUUCUCUGGAUGUACAUUUUUCGUGUCCUUCCGCCUGCAGGUAUGUGUAAGCAAAAGUGAGAAACGGGUCGAGACAGAUGUAGGCGUUAUACUUUCAGCUGCUGUUGUAGUUUUUUUUUUUUUUUUUUUGUGGCAUUCUUUGCUGCAUCCCUCACCUUUAUCUGAGUCGGUGUCAGACAGUCUGGAAUGAAUCGUCCUUUGAGUCAUCUCCCAGGUAUUGAUCUGUUGACACCAAACGCUCUCAGCCGCUUUCAGCCACAGCAAGAAUGUACCUAGCACCACCUGCUGUCUCUGCUCCUCAAAGAUCAAUAAAAGUUCAAAUAACUAUUAGUU